GCGCGGCCAUGGCGGGCCUGGAGCUGUUCUCUCACCCCGCGCUCCGGACGCGCUACCGGGCCGGGCUCUGCUCCGCCGCGGCGCUGGCGCUGCUGCUCCUCACGGGGCUCACCUACGUGCCGCCUCUGCUGCUGGCUUACCGGAGCCACGGUUUCUGGCUGAAGCAGAGCACGUACCUGGAGCAGCCCACGGUGCGGUUCCGGUACGAGGUGCUCUUCGUGGCUACCCUCGGGCCCGGCCCGGGCAGCUUCUUGGCUUGGAGCACAUUUCCAGCAUUCAACAGGCUCCAGGAGGACCGGCUGCGGGUCGUGCUCCUGUCGACCAGAGAAGAAGACAAAAAUCAAGAUGGCAAAAUGGAUCUGUUGCAUUUUAAGCUGGAACUUCCGCUACAGCCCACAGAGCAUGUUGUUGGUGUUCAGCUGAUUCUACUCUUUUCUUACCAGCUUUAUAGAAUGUCAACACUUGUGAUGCAGACCAUGGCUUUUCUCCAGUUUUUUUCUCCUGUGCCAGGGUCUCUGCUGUAUAUGAAUGGAGACCUGAAACUGCACCAGAGGCAAUUACUUAACCAUUGUGGACUGGAUAACAGAUACAACGUGUCUGUGGUCAAUGGUACAAGUCCCUUUGCCAGUGACUAUGAUCUAACAAACAUCAUUGCAGCAUAUUGGGAUAGAAAUGUGACAACGGUCUUUUCAGAUCCCAACCCUGUUUGGGUGACUGGAAGAGCAGCAGAUACACCAUUUAUCAUUAACGCCACUAUUCAUUACCCACUAGAAGUCAUCUUAUAUCAGCCAGGAUUUUGGGAAAUGAUUAAAUUUGCCUGGAUCCAGUAUGUCAGCAUUCUCCUUAUCUUUCUUUGGGUGUUCAGUAGGAUUAAAAUGUUUGUGUUCCAGAAUCAGGUGUUGACAACAACUCCAAUAUCACCAGUUCUGCCAGUGUCUCCAGUACUGUCCUACAAGCAGCACCAGUCCUGAGGAGACGCCUGAGAACACUUUAAAGAAAUGCAGUUCAAAAAUAGAUACCUGAUUUUAUUCUCUACACACUUUUUACUUCGGAAGUAAGUACGUUCUGUUUGUGCUUCCUUUUGAAAAUACGUGUUCACUCACCUGUUUCUCUGGGAACACUGCUUUGGGACUGAACAUUUUAAUUUUAUUCACAGUUAAAGAACUACCUAGUUUUGUUUUCUGCAACUGGAACAUGCUUCAAAAACCAGCAGAAAGCAAUAUGGCUACUUUUGCAUGGUCUUAGUUUUGCUAAACCUUGAAGUCUGAAAAUAAUGUGUUAAUGGUAAUGACAUAAGCCAUUUUUACUGUCUUGUGAAUUAAUUCACUGCUGAGUUCAAGUCCUGUCAAGAGCUAUUUUUACAUGCAUUUAUGUGCAUUUCAAAAGGGAAAAUAUAAGGAAUAGGAAAAAAUGCAUGGAAGAGUUAAAGUCAGACCCACACAGAGCUAUACAUGCUCACAGAUUUAGUUAUUAAACUGGAUGAUGUGUAAAUUCAAGUUUGAUGUGAGCAACUGGGUUGUGGGCAAUAGUGCCUGCAAGGUGUGCCUAGUUGCUUACUGUUGGCAUUAUCACUGUAGCACUAGACCAUUAAGUGUGAAUUGGGAAUAGUAGAACAGAGAAGCCUGACAUUUAUUUAAAGAAAACUAACAAAAAAUCCCAAGAGAAGCUUCAGAGUUUCAAAGCAAGUGAAUAUUAUUUUCAGAAUGUAAAUGAUAACCUAGAACACAUAAAAAAUAAAUCAAUUAUAAUCACCUGAUGAGCACUGAAA